AUGGGCAGACAGGCUCUAUCCAUGGAAUCAGGUAUCGACCCUGGGCAGGAUUACUACACCCAAGACUACUACGGCUAUGAUCAAGGGUUUGAUCCCUAUCCACCUUAUGGCAGCCGCAGGAGGCUAAUCACUCCGAUGUAUGAUGAGUAUGGAGAGGCCUUCAUGGAGGAUGAAGGUUAUUACUAUGGUGGCCCAGAGGGUAGGGGAAGAGGUCGAGGUGGGCGAGGGAGAGGUCGAGGACGUGGAAAACGUGUGGGAUUCCAGGAUUUCCCACCAGAGGAUGAGAUUGAAGAGGAAGAGCCAGAGAUUCCUGCUGAGGAGCCAGUUGAGGCUGAACCUGAGGAAUCCAAAGCUGCAAAGAAGCUGAAGUCCGUCAUGAAGCUCAGUAAGCUGCUUGCUGCAGGGAAGAAAACUGAAGCUCCAUCCCCGUGGAAGAAGGCCAGGAUUUUCCCAAUGAUGUUUGGGAAAGGAAAGAAAGACAAAGAUUAUGCCAAACUAACUUCUGCACGUCGUAUUGGGAGUCAAGAGAGCCUGACAGGUGGGCAGAGCGUGGAUUCCCUUGAUGGUGUGUCCCCUGCCAGAAGUCGACUUGGGAAAGUACUGAAGCGUAUAAAUAUAGCAAACAAGCUGCAAGUUAGGAGGAAAUCACAGAGCAGCAUCAGUCGAAGCUCUAUGAGUGAUAAAGAUGAGUCUGCAGCUGAGUCAGAGAAAUCAAAAGUGUCUAUCAGUGUCAGUGAGCCAGAGGCCAGUGGGAGCGGAUCAGAAGCAGAGAGCAGAAAGAAAGGCUCGGAUGAGGAAUCUUCUGAGAGGAGUAGUGUAGCAGGCUCAACUGAUGAUAAGGAUUAUCUGAAAGUGGAUCUGGACCGAGAUGAUGCCAACGAGAGUACUGUUGAUUCUGAAUCCGAACCAGAAGAACCAGACGAAUCUGAUGCCGAGAGUAAGUCUAAAUCUGGGACUGAAAAGUCUGGAACAGAAGCAUCUGAGAAGGAAUCUGAAACCGAGAAAGAAUCUGGUUCAGAGGAGGAAUCUGGCUCUGAGGAAGAGUCUGGGUCUGGAAAGUCCUCAGGAUCAGGAAAAGAGUCUGGGUCUGGGACUGAAAAAUCAGGAACCGAGGAAGAAUCUAGUGCUGAGAAGAGUUCUGCCACAGAAAGGAGUCUGAGGAAGAAUCUGAAGAAGAGUCUAAAGGAUCUGAAGAGUCCGGAUGGGGAUCAGCUCGGUCAUCAGUGAAAUCAUCCCGGACUGAGGGUUCAAGUGCAGAAGCACGGAGCAGCAGAAGUGGCAGUGGUUCUGGUAGUGCAAGUGGCAGUGGAUCAGGUGGCAGCUCUAAGGGGUCUUCAGCCCGGUCUUCAGUAAAGUCAUCAGUGUCUGCUGAAGAAAGCAGUGGUGAGAAAGAGUCAGCAAGUGGAUCUGAAGAGGCAUCCGAGACAGAAAAGAGCGGAUCUGCUGCAUCAGACGAUGCUGGAUCAGAUGCAGUUUCAAUGUCUGGCAGUGAGAGAAGCUCCACAAGUUCCAGAUCAGCAGGAGGAAGCCGCCGCUCUCGCAAGAGCAUCAUUACCCGAUCAUCCCAGGACACGAUUGAUGAAGAGAGCGAAGAGGAAGAGGCCUCUGAAGAAGAACAAGAAGAGGAGGAGGAGGAGGAUGAAACAGCAGAAAGCAAAGAGUCAGCCAGUGAGAUGAGUGAUGGAUCAAUGUCACGGAGAUCAAGCGUGACCUCAGCACCUGAAAGUCAAGGUACGCCAUACGAGAGCAGCGUGGUGGAGAGCUCAGAUGAAGCGUUUGGAGGCCUCUCGCCCAUUGCAGAGGAGGAUGAGGAUGCCGUAACAUCUGGCAGUGGCUCAGGAUCUGAGAGCAGAUCUGUACGUCGCUCACAGCAGUCAGGAACUGAAGGAACCACUGAAAUAACAGAUGCCGAGUCAGAAUCAGGAGAUUCCACAGCAUUCUAAGAAAAACGCCAAGUUGGCAAAAAGAAGCGAAUCAAGCUGAUCCUGGACCGAGAGCAUGACGCGACUUCAACAGGAGAGGACAGUGGACCGGACAUC